UCAAACAUAAAUGAGCAAAUCGGUUUUAAUCGCUUGUGUCAUUGCAAUCACUAUUUUUACUUUACCUUUUAAUAUUCAAACAGUGAAUAGUUUAACGCCUUGUGAAGUAGCACUCAAUGAUGUAAAACCCUGUUUAACGUACCUUUGGGCUCCUCCUCAAGCUAAGCCAUCACCAGAUUGUUGCAGAGGCGUAAGCAAAGUGAACAAUAGUGUUAAAACGUUUGACCAACGUCGUGAUAUGUGCAUUUGUCUGUCAACUGUAGCAGCAAUGACUACAGCCGAUCCAUACAAGUUUGACCAUUUGCCAAAAUUAUGUGGUAUUACCUUAUUCGCACCCAUUGGUCCAAAGCUUGAUUGUAACAGCAUUAAAGUUUAA